CUAGGGGCCCGGGCGGCCCGCGGCGGGGCGGCGCCCAUGGCCCGCGCGGCGGGGCGGGCGGCGCUGGCCGCCGCCUUGGCGCUGGGCGCCCUGCCGGAUGCCGCGGCUAAGAAGGAGAAGCGCCCCGUCGGCAUUAGACUCGCCCACCACUCCUUCGAGCGGACGCUCACCUAUGCCGACACGCUUGGCGACUGGCUCCGACACGAGGGUGGGCUCCGCAGCCUCCCCGAGGCGGCCCCGAGGGCAGCGCGUCCCGGAGCUCCGUGGCGCUGCAGGCUCUCCAGCGCGGCGACCAUGGCGCUCCGAGACCGCGUGCAGCUCAUGCCCGCGGUGGCGGACCGCCAGGCCCUUUUUUGGAGCAAGCGCGAUAUCGCCACGCAGGACUUCGAGGUGAGGUUCACGCUGUCGGGGCGGGUCGACGAGGAGAAGAAGG